AUGGGAUUAAAUGGUUUAGAAAAGAUUGGCCAUAAAAUUCAAAAGACUGCCAUUCUUACCGGCUGGAAGGAACAUCAUGAAGUCCCAGUUGCGGUUAGGAACUACUGGAAUAUAAGAGAUGAGUUGACAGUUCAGGACGGGCUGAUCUUCAAGAGCAACCGAGUCUUGAUUCCUGAAGUUCUUCGUCCGGAGAUGCUCAGCCGAAUCCAUUCUAGUCAAAUUGGAAUCGAGGCAUGUUUGAGGAAGGCGAGAGAUGCUGUAUUUUGGCCGAACAUGUCAUCUGAGCUUCGUGACUUCAUAUCCAAAUGCAGUACCUGCAAUGAAAUGCAAGACAAGCAACCAAAGCAACCCCUUAUUACACACAGUGUACCCAAGCGACCAUGGGCAAAGCUAGACACAUCAGUAGCGACAGUGAUAGAUUGUCUAAAGCAGCAGUUCUCUAGACAUGGGAUACCGGAUCCAGUUAUUUCGGACAAUGGACCCCAAUUCAAAUCUGCAGAUUUUCACACCUUCGCUUGUGAUUGGGAAUUUGAACAUUCUACAUCAUCUCCAUAUCACAGCCAAUCAAAUGGCAAGGCAGAAUCAGCAGUAAAAAUCGCGAAAAGAUUAGUGAAGAAGUGUAUUUGUAGCAAAACAGACAUUUGGAAAGCUUUACUAGAUUGGCGCAACACACCAACAAAGGAUAUGGACUGCAGCCCUGUACAGAGACUUAUGUCUAGGAGGACACGCCACUCGUUACCAACAGCGACAAUUCUGUCCUACAUCAUCAACACCGAUGAAAAGUCGUACCGUAGAAACCGAAUAGACAUCAAACCAACGGCAGAAGCUUACGAUGCAAACAGAUCCGAUUCGUACAAGUCAGAUGAUGACCCUUUCCUAAUUACUGGUGGAAGUCCAAACACUGAGAGUGCGACCAUGCCUAUGGAUCCGAAACCACAAAUACCUUUGGAAUCCCCAACAGGAAUCAAAACGUCUCGCGCCACUCAUAGUGCAAUGACCACUCCAAACAAAGCGCGCAGCAAUUCGCGACCUGUGAAAUUACCAGCAAAGUUUAAGGACUAUGUCAUGACCUAG